AAAACAUCGAUGUCGCAAUGUACAUCCAAACAUCGAUGACAUCGAUGUGAACAUCGAUAUAUACAUAUACAGAAAGCAGUGAAAAAACCAAAUAUUUGAGAUUUAAAUAUAGAAUUCAAUUAAAAAGUUUAUGCAUUGAAAUUGUGCCCAAGUGACACCAGCUGACGUGGAUGCCAGCAUCUGUAUCGACAAUCCCAAUCUCAGCGUGUCGAGGUAAAAGCAAACAGCUCAGUGAAAGGGGAAGCCACGGCAGACACAAGGCCCACACGGACACAAAAUGGCCACCAGCGAGAUAUCCAGCUCCAACGAGCGACACUACUAUGCCAAGCUAGAGGCCAUCAAGGACAUACGGGACAAGACGCUGGCCCUCGAGAAACUUAAGGUGCGCAUCAUCAAGGAGGUAAAGCUGAGCGACGACGAGGAGAAGUGUUUGGAAGAGUACCGCAAGGAAAUGGAGCACCUGCUCGAGGAGAAAAUGUCCCACGUAGAGGAACUGCGCCAGAUCCACGCGGACAUCAACGAUAUGGAGAACAUCAUCAAGCAGACAAAGGAGAACCAGACGCGCUCCUUCGACAUGGCCAAUCGAGUAUACGAGGAGUACUUGGCACUCAAGUACCAAAUCGAUCACAUGCGACGGGACUACCUCGGCCUAAGUCCGCUGCGCGACCUGCACGAGGAGGAGGGUAGUCCCAUAUCGAAGGAUCGUUUUCAGACAAACUUCCUCAAGGUGGCCGCCCAGUCAGCGGCUGCCGCUGCAGCCGCAGCAGCAGCCUCGGUCACGCAGCCAACGUCCCUGGCUCGCCCACACGCUCGUCAUCCCUUGAUGCCCGAGGCCACGGUUACCGCCUUGCCCCCCAGUUCAUCGUCUGGUGGCGGCGGCAGCAGCUCAGUCAGCGCCGGCGGCGGUGGUGGUGGACCAGGACACGCUUUUAUGCCACCGGCCCCGCCUGGAGCAGGCAGCGCUGGGGCUGCCGCAGCUGCCGCCGCGGCCGCUGUGCGUCUAGGCAAAGGUGAUUUCUCGGCCCCGCCGCCUCCACCUCCGCCAACAAAUCGUCUUCAGCAAACACCGUCGAUUGGAAUCGGCCACCAUCCGUCGUUCCGUUCGGACUUCAACGUGAAUCUCCGCCAGCAGCCGCCACCGAUGAAGUCGUGCCUGUCGUGCCAUCAGCAAAUCCAUCGAAAUGCCCCCAUCUGCCCGCUCUGCAAGGCCAAGUCGCGCUCACGGAAUCCCAAGAAGCCCAAGAAAAAGAACAACUAGAGGACCGGAGGUGCAGGUCCACAUCCACGUCCACCGGCAGGAACAUCAACUACUCUUAUCAAUCUAUUCGUGAAGAUUUCCCGGCCAGGUCCAGGAAGGAACCUUAGGACUAGAGGUUUUUUUUUAAACUAUUUAUUAACCCAAGCAAAGUAUUACCAAGCAAAUGCAUCAAGCAAAAUAACAAAUUCUCAAAAAAAGAAAACCGUAGUUCCUAAGACCUUUUGAAGAGUGUUUUUGCUCAAAUUUAAUUUUCGAUUUGAAUUGUAAGUUAAAGCUAAUUUAUAGACUUAAAAGCAAAUCACGUGUCAAAUUUCAUUAAAAUACAUUAUACGUGUAAGCAUUUAUUAAUAUGCA